AGAUCCAUUUCUGGGUGUAGCUCUAUGCAUUUUUUGACGGCUGGGAUGUGGAGGUAGCGUUUUAACUUCAGUCAGAGUUUGGAUGAAAGGUUGAGGUCUUUCUGUGAGGAGGGUAGAGAGGGUAUAGCGUCUCCUAUCGGGACCUUGGAUCUGUGAACAGAGGACAGAGCAGGAUUCCUAUAGUGACACAUGGUCCAGAGUGACAGGGACAUCUGCUGCAGCGCCAGCCCAGGGACAGGGAGAGGGAAGGGGGGGGACACUGGGGCGCUGGACAUUCCUUUCACAGGGGUGCGGAGGGAGCAGAUAUUCUGGGAUACCGCUGCCAGCACUUCGCAGGGAGACGUGUUUCUGCAGCGUUUUUCGAAAGCAGAAUUUCUUCGGGAAGUGAACUGUGAACUCUUAAAGGUGUUACUGUUGGAUCGAGGAAGUAGGGAGGGACACGUUUGGUUUUCCUUUCGCCUCGUCCUCAACGUGAUUAGGUAUGAAGGUGUUAGUUGGCUGGUCCUUUAAAGUCCUGGAUCCAGUUUCCUCCCAGUCAUCCUGACCCGUCGCCUGCCGGAGCUGAGAGAGUCGGAUCAGAGAGAGAGAUAUAGAGACCUACUGGAUCAGAGAGAGAGAUAUAGAGACCUACUGGAUCAGAGAGAGAGAGAUAUAGAGACCUACUGGAUCAGAGAGAGAGAUAUAGAGACCUACUGGAUCAGAGAGAGAGAUAUAGAGACCUACUGGAUCAGAGAGAGAGGCCUAGUGCCACAGAGAGGAACGUCAGAGAAUCGUAGAUCGUUAGAGGAUCCUCAGUCUUUACGACCAGAUCUUUCUUAAUGUAACUCACUGUACAUGGGCAAGGAACUACUUUCUUAACGUAACUCACUGUACAUGGGCAAGGAUCUACUUUCUUAACAUAACCCACUGUACAUGGGCAAGGAACUACUUUCUUAACGUAACUCACUGUACAUGGGCAAGGAUCUACUUUCUUGGUCCUCCACUGAAAGCCAAACAACACCUAAACGGAUGAAUAUUUUUAUGAGGCACCUCCUUGUAGCAGAGAUGGGCCAGGACCAAACCAAGCAGCAGGUAGAGAAAGGCUUAAAGCUGUACCAGGCCAAUCAGACUGACAAAGCCCUGCAUGUCUGGACCAAGGUGCUGGAGAAGACCUCAGACCCCGGGGGGAAGUUCAGAGUGCUGGGCUGUCUCAUCACCGCCCACUCUGAGAUGGGGAAGUAUAAAGAGAUGCUCAAGUAUGCCUUGGCCCAGAUAGACACAGCCAGGGAGAUGGAGGACCCAGACUACCUGACUGAGGGCUACCUGAACCUGGCUAGGAGCAACGAGAAGCUGUGUGACUUCCAGAAGACUGUGUCCUACUGUAAGACCUGCCUCAACAUGCAGGGAACUACUGUCAGUCUGCAACUUAACGGACAGGUGUGUCUGAGCAUGGGCAACGCGUUCCUGGGCGUCAGUGUGUUCCAGAAGGCUCUAGAGAGCUAUGAGAAGGCCCUGCGCUACGCCCACAACAACGAUGACAAGAUGCUGGAGUCUAGAGUCUGCUGCAGCCUGGGGAACUUCUACAUUCAGCUCAAGGACUAUGAGAAGGCCCUGUUCUUCCCGUGUAAAGCGGCUGAGCUGGUGAAUGACUACGGUAAAGGCUGGAGUCUGAAGUACAGGGCCAUGAGCCAGUACCACAUGUCUGUAGCCUACAGGAAACUGGACCGCCUGCCUGAUGCCAUGGAGUGCUGUGAGGAGUCCAUGAAGAUAGCCCUGCAGCACGGGGACCGACCUCUCCAGGCGCUGUGCUUACUGAACUUCGCUGAUAUCCAUCGCUGCCGGAAUGACGUUGAUAAAGCAUUGCCUCGUUAUGAGUCCUCCAUGUGUAUAAUGACAGAGAUUGGGAACCGUCUUGGCCAGACCCAGGUGUACCUGGGGGUAGGGAAGUGUUGGCUCCAGCAGAAAGAAUUUGACAAGGCUCUGGAUGCUCUGCAGCGAGCUCAGGAGUUGUCAGAAGCUUUAGGAACCAAGCUGUGUAGUCUAAAGGUGCACUGUCUCAGUGAGGGGAUCUACCGCAGUAAGGAGAGGCAGGAGGAGCUGAGGGAGCAGGUUGUGAAGUUCCUGCAGUGUGUGGAGGAGCUGGAGCUGUACUGUGGAAUGUGUGGCGAGUCCAUAGGAGAGAAGAACCAACAGCUGCAGGCUCUGCCCUGCUCUCACAUCUUCCACCUCCAGUGUCUACAGAACAACGGUUCCAGGGGCUGCCCCAAAUGUCGUCGGUCCUCCAUGAAGCCUGGGUUUGUGUGAGGUUACGAGGCACGGUGCCUGGGAGUUGAGGACACUAUGUGAAGCCCCGACCUCAGUCACAUAGGAGAGCCAGACUGCACUUCUGAAUGGGCAGACUGCUGAACACAUAUCUGAAUUUCCUAACUAAACUGAACACACAUCUGAAUGUCCUAACUAAACACAUAUCUGAAUGUCCUAACUAAACUGAUCACAGACUCGGAUACAGUUUGUUGACUGGCUACUGUGUUCAGAGGAUGUGCCACAGAAACAGGCACCAGCCCGUUACCUCGUCCCCGGGCUACUUGCUUCCGACCGAGCGAGAGCUGGCUGGUAGACAAGACUAACAAUCCCAGGGUGAGGACAGACAGGACUGUACUUCAAGACACAGUCACAGUUCAAAGGUCACCACUCCACCGGUUUUGUACAGUGAACAUGUCUCCUUAGACAGAUGAGGAUACAGUGAUAGCUUUAUUACACUGUUGUACAUGAUUUACUGUUGUUUUUUUUGUCAGAGGGUGAGGAGGAAGAAAUCCAAUAUAGUUAGUUUUGUGGACAUCUGUUUUAGAUAAAUCUGAUAGUUUAGCAUAAUGUUCACUUUACUUUGGGUUAGGGUACACUGGAAGAUUAAUUGCAAUCAUGUAAUUGGAAAUUAUGUUAAACGUUAUUGUUUGGGAUAAAGUGAAAUCACUAGGAUUUUGGCCACACAUUCUAUUAUUCAAAUUUAACAAAAGUGUAUUUUAAAUAUACCCCAUCGAAAGGCAAAUUGAGCUAUAUGUUCUCUAUAAAUGGUUACUGUAAAGUGGCUAAUGGCCAUAUGUCAUGAACAUAUUUCUGUACAACCGUUUCAUCAUCAGUUCUCAGUGAACAUAGUGUACGUUGUCCAAUCACAGUUGAGAACACAACACUUCAACUAAAGAACUCAAUCACAGUUGGGAACACAACACUUCAACUAAAGAACUCAAUCACAGUGGAGAACACAACACUUCAACUAAAGAACUCAAUCACAGUGGAGAACACAACACUUCAACUAAAGAACUCAAUCACAGUGGAGAACACAACACUUCAACUAAAGAACUCAAUCACAGUGGAGAACACAACACUUCAACUAAAGAACUCAAUCACAGUGGAGAACACAACACUUCAACUAAAGAACUCAAUCACAGUGGAGAACACAACACUUCAACUAAAGAACUCAAUCACAGUGGAGAACACAACACUUCAACUAAAGAACUCAAUCACAGUG